AUGGGGGUUCAUCCUCAUCAACGUCAGUUCAAGCCGAUCAACGCAUUUAUUAUCGUGGUCAUGGCUCUUGGAUCUGUGGCAUAUGGCUAUUCAGCCAGCAUCAUAGCGACCACGCUGGCCCAACCCUCUUUCUACACAUACUUCAAUCUUGCGUCCCACUCCAAUGAGAACGACAUCAUCGGAUUGAUGAAUUCACUCUACCAAGCUGGCGGGUUUCUAGGGACUUUUACCGUCGCGUUCUCUGCGGAUCGCUGGGGUCGACGCGCCGGGAUCGCCAUCCCGACAACCCUGGUGUUGGUCAUGGGUGCCUUGCUUGCCGGAAGCGUCAACCUCGCCAUGUUCAUUGCCUGUCGGUUCUGGGCUGGCUGGGGCGCCUAUAUGCUAGUUUCUGCUGUUCCAGUCUGGAUGAACGAGGUUGUCCCCGCGCACGGUCGCGGGGCUCUGGUUGCAGUCCAUGGAGCAUCCCUGCUUUUGGGAUACUGUCUGGCCGCUUGGGUGGGCUUUGGUUUCUGGCAUAUUUCAGCUACCAACAACUUGCAAUGGCGUGGGCCGACGCUCCUUCAGUGUCUUCCCGCGGCAAUUCUCCUGCCCUGCCUGUAUUGGUUGCCAGAAAGCCCUCGGUGGUUGGUCAUCCAAGGUCGAGACGAGGAAGCGAGACGUAUCCUCCAUAAACUUCAUGCACCCGACGAAGCCGAUCACGAGCUUAUCCAGAUCAAGGCGCAAGCUGAGACCGAGGACCGCCUCGACAGCUCCUACUGGGCUCUGUUCACGAAGCCAAGUUAUCGUAAACGAAUGAUCUUGGCGUUCACCACCACUGUCUCGAUCCAGUUCUGCGGUCCAAUCCUGAUCAAUAACUACGGCCCAACUAUCUACAAAAGCCUAGGGUUUAGUGCCAGCAAGCAACUUCUGUAUGAGUGCGGAUGGCUGACCCUUGCCUUUGGUGGGGGCCUUAUUUCACUUUAUGUGGUGGACAGCAUGCCCCGUCCAGUCCUCUUCGCAGGCGGUAUCACUGGGGCUCAGGUGUGUCUGUGCAUCGAAGCGGCGCUGGUCGCCACAUACGCCACCUCUCCUGAAUCCCUAGCCCACCCUAACGAGUCUGCCUUGAAAGCCGCGGUUGCAAUGUUCUACGUCUACAUUGUCAUCUUCGAAUCAACAUUGGAUAGUGGCCAGUUUGUCUACCUUGGAGAGCUGUUCCCAACUCAUCUUCGAGCCAAGGGCAUCAGCUUCGGCAUGGCCGGCGUCAAUCUGAUCAACAUCGUCUGGCUCCAAGUAGCACCGACCGCCUUUUCAACCAUUGGCUGGAAAUUCUACCUUGUCCUCAUCAUCCCGGGUAUGGCUUUCGCCGUGUUGAUCUUCUUUUGGUUCCCCAAUACGCGUGGGGUGCACCUUGAGGAAGUUGCGGAACUGUUUGGUGACGAAGUCAACCACUCCGUCGCACAAGUUGUUUAUCAUGAAAAAGAAGAAUCUAAGGGAGAGGACGGCCAUCUGAAUGAGCGGGAGCCAAGUGUGCUGGGAGCACAGAAACUCUUCAGUCACCACGAAGAAGUGAAUUCUGUGUGA